CGCGACAAGAUUACCCAUUAUCGGUACAACAGUUAGAACUACCGGACCUCCACCAUCCAUGUCCGUUCUGUUCGAAACUUCUCUAGGCGACCUCGUCAUCGACCUUGAGGUGGAGCAGUGUCCGAAAACAUGCGAAAACUUUUUGAAACUUUGUAAGGUGUACUACUAUAAUUUGAAUGCAUUCUUCAAUGUUUCCAAGGAUUUUCUGGCCCAGGCUGGUGACCCCACUGCCACGGGAACGGGUGGAGAAUCCAUAUGGUCCUACGUUGCCUCACAGGAGGAGAAGAGCUCCACAGGCCGGUAUUUCGCUCCAGAAAUCGUGCCAAAGUUGAAGCACACCCACAAAGGCACAGUGUCCAUGGCUGUCGCACCCUCUAUGAACGGCGAGAAAGGCGGUUGUGGCAGUCAAUUCUUUAUCACACUUGGAGACAACAUAGACUAUCUUGACGGGAAACAUGCUGUUUUUGGUCACGUCGUAGAAGGAUUGGAAACGCUGGACAAGCUGAAUGACGUUUUCACGGAUCAAGAUGGGAGACCAUUCAAGGAUGUGCGGAUAAGACACGUCGUAAUUCUCGAUGACCCGUUCCCUGAUCCGCCUAGCCUAAUACAACCUCCAUCAUCUCCUACUCGUCCCCCAGAUAAUUCUACUAGGAUUGCUGAAGAUGAAGACCCGCUUGCCACACUUCCGGAUGAGGAAGAGGAGCGUAUACGUCGCGAAAAGGCAGCAGCAGCCUCUGCCCUAACACUUGAAAUGGUUGGUGAUCUGCCUUUUGCCAACGUCCGGCCCCCAGAAAACGUCCUUUUCGUGUGCAAACUCAACCCUGUCACACGAGACGAAGACUUGGAACUCAUUUUCUCGAGAUUCGGCACCAUUAUGAGUUGCCAAGUCAUUAGGGACAAGAAAACGGGCGACUCAUUGCAGUACGCCUUCAUAGAAUUUGAUAAACGAGACGAUGCAGAACAGGCUUAUUUUAAGAUGCAAAAUGUAUUAGUGGAUGAUCGACGCAUUUGGGUUGAUUUCUCGCAGUCUGUGGCACGGCUCAACACUUCCUGGUCCAAUAACCCCAAAAUUGGACUGCAUAGCAAAGAAAGGGGUGGGUUUGGUGGUCGUGAAGACUUGGAGGCAACUAGGCGAUACCGGGCGGCUGGAAGAAGUGAAGGCAGAGAUAGUUAUGGAAUGGUGUUCGAAGUCCCAGAUGACAGAAGAACAUCAUCGCAUCGGAGCAGACAUGAUCGAGAUAGGGAAGACACCCGGGACAGGCGCAGGCGCUCUGUCUCUCCUGUGCCGCGCAACAGGUCUAGAGACCGGCGCCGCAGCAGAGAUAGACAUUCCCAGGAUCGUCGGACUCGCCACUAGUGGCGGAUCUGAAACCGACCAACGUGCCUGUAUGUGUUCACUCAAUAUCGUGCUUUUGUGUGCCAAAAUGAUGUGCCCCUAUGAGGCAGCCCGCCAGUCUGAACUGUAAUCUCCACCAUUGCUGUGCAGCGGGCCAACUUA